UUGGAUAAUUUGAAAUAUUUGGAAUACAGUAUGCAGUAACUGAGAUUUAAACAUCUAUCAUUACCAGACAACUUGCUAUAGUUAUAUCUUGCUGAAGUAUUUUCUGUUUUGAAUAGUAGUGGAUAAAUAUGUAAUUUAAAGGGGAAAUCCAAUUCCUGAUCUAAUCAACUACAGCCGUAUCUAAAGUGUAAAAAGUCUGUGACAUCACGCAGCCUGUAAAGUGCACGCCACUCAUAUAGUACACUUGACCAUAGAUAUAUAUAGACUUAUAUUGGGUAAAGGAUCUAUACCGGUUGGCCAGACAGAGGGCUAGAGAUGGGAAGCAUGUGCAGCAGGUUAGGGUGAUUAAGGAUAGAGAUGGAAAUGUGUUGACUGGUGACAGUCGUGUGCUGGACAGAUGGAAAGAACAAUUUGAGGAGUUGAUGAAUGAGGAAAAUGAGAGAGAAGGAAGAGUAGAAGAGGCAAGUGUGGUGGACCAGGAAGUUGCCAUGAUUAGUAAGGGGGAAGUGAGAAAGGCAUUAAAGAGGAUUAAAAUGGAAAGGCAAUUGGUCCUGAUGACAUUCCUGUGGAGGUAUGGAAGCGUCUCGGAGAGGCGACUGGAAUUUUUGACCAGCUUGUUCAAUAGAAUUCUAGUUUAGAAGACAGUGGUGAGGCCAGCCAUGAUGGACGUAUCAGAGACAGUGGCACUGAAGAGACGACAGGAAGGAGAGCACAUGAAGAGGUUGAGGUUCGCUCUCGGAGUGACCGGGUUGGAUCAAAUCAGAAAUGAGCUCAUCAGAGGGACGGCCGAGGUUCGAUGUUUUGGAGACAAAGUUAGAGAGAGCAGACUUGGAUGGUUUGGACACGUCCAGAGGAGAGAGAGUAAGUAUAUUGGUAGAGAAGGUUGAUGGAUGUCGGGAGGGAAGACAUGAGGGCAGUUGGUGUUCGAGAGGAGGAUGCAGGAGAUAAGCUGACAUGGAAAAGGAUGAUGCGCUGUGCGACCCCUAAAGGGAUAAAGCCCAAAGGAAAAGAAGAAGCGCGGACGGAGCCCGCUCGGAGGCGACGGGCGGCGGCGGCGGCGGCGGCGGCACUCAGGUGCUCGGCAUGCGGCUGGAGACGAGCGACAAGCCGGCCAGCACCGGUGACGACGGCGUUCUGCAGGUGACCGAGGACAGCUCCGUGCAGCUCCGCUUCUACGGGCUCAGGCUGCACCCUGGAGCCUGGAGGCUCAUCCGCUUCACGGAGCUGUCCGGCCGCGGGGAGGGGGACUCGGGGGCCGGGGCAACCUGCUCGGACUUCACCAAGGACAUCGAGGUCGGGACCGGCAUGAACGUGAGCGGCCGGGGCACGUCGGGGCUGCUGCGCGUGCACGCCAAGCCGCUGCGCAAGAGCCAGCCGAGCAGCGAGUACGUGCUGUGCACGCGCAUCGACGAGCCGGCGGACGGUGGCGGCGACGAGCGCGCCGGACGCUGGCAGCCGCUGGGCGACGGCGACGGGCGCCUGCUGGUUGUGGAGGAGAAGAAGUCGCUGCUGCCGCUGUGGCUGCAGGUGAUCCUGAUCUUGGGCCUGCUGGUGCUGUCGGGCAUGUUCAGCGGGCUCAACCUGGGCCUGAUGGCCCUGGACCCCAUGGAGCUGCGCAUCGUGCAGAGCUGCGGCACGGACAAGGAGAAGAAGUACGCGCGCAAGAUAGAGCCCAUCCGCAGCAAGGGCAACUACCUGCUGUGCUCGCUGCUCCUGGGCAACGUCCUGGUCAACACCACACUCACCAUCCUCCUGGACGACCUGACCGGCUCGGGCCCGGGCGCCGUGGCGGCCUCCACCGUGGGCAUCGUCAUCUUCGGCGAGAUCGCGCCGCAGGCGCUCUGCUCGCGCCACGGGCUGGCCGUGGGCGCCGACACCAUCGCGCUCACCAAGUUCUUCAUGCUGCUCACCUUCCCGCUCAGCUUCCCCGUCAGCAAGCUGCUGGACGUGCUGCUGGGCCAGGAGAUCGGCACCGUGUACAACCGCGAGAAGCUGGUGGGGAUGCUCAAGGUCACCGAGCCCUACAACGACCUGGUCAAGGAGGAGCUCAACAUGAUCCAGGGGGCGCUGGAGCUGCGCACCAAGACGGUGGAGGACGUCAUGACGCCGCUGGCCGACUGCUUCAUGAUCCAGGCGGACGCCGUGCUGGACUUCGACACCAUGUCGGAGAUCAUGGAGAGCGGCUAUACGCGCAUCCCCGUCUUCGACGACGAGCGCUGCAACAUCGUGGACAUCCUGUACGUCAAGGACCUGGCCUUCGUCGACCCCGACGACUGCACCACGCUCAAGACCAUCACCAAGUUCUACAACCACCCCGUGCACUUCGUCUUCCACGACACCAAGCUGGACACCAUGCUGGAGGAGUUCAAGAAAGGCAAAUCGCACCUGGCCAUCGUGCAGAAGGUCAACGACGAGGGCGAGGGCGACCCCUUCUACCAGGUGCUGGGAUUGGUCACCCUGGAGGACGUCAUCGAGGAGAUCAUCAAGUCGGAGAUCCUGGACGAGUCUGACCUUUACACCGACAACCGCACCAAGAAGCGAGUGGACGCCGCCAAGAGCAAACGAGACUUCUCGGCGUUCAGACCCGACAGCGACGCCAAGGCCAAGAUCUCACCGCAGCUCACGCUGGCUGCCCAUCGCUUCCUGGCAACAGAGGUGAGCCUGUUCGGUACCUUCCACGUGACCGAGAAGGUCCUGCUGAGGAUCUUGAGGCAUCCCGACGUCGUGCAGGAGCUCAAGUUCGACGACGACGACAAGCGCGCACCGCAGCACUUCCUGUAUCAGCGCGGCAAGCCCGUCGACUACUUUGUGCUCAUCCUGCAGGGUCGAGUGGAGGUGGAGGCGGGAAACGAGAACAUGAAGUUUGAGACGGGCCCCUUCUCCUACUACGGUGUCAUGGCGCUCAGCACGCCACCGCUGGCCGUCACCCCCCCUCUGUCCCCGUCGGUGGCGUCCCCCCCUCCGAGGCGCCUCUCUCUUAAGAGGUUUUCCGUGUUCUCUCGCUUCCCAGAGUUCCGUUCUCCGUCCCACGGCGGCAACCUGAACCGCUCGGCGUCCAUCGGCGGCAGCGCGGGCGGUCCGGAGAGCAGCUCCGUGGGCGGCAGCAGCAGCCAAAUCCCGGGAACGCCCUUCCAGUACAUUCCGGACUUCUGCGUACGAGCGCUCAGCGACCUGCAGUUUGUCAAGAUCACACGCGCGCAGUACCAGAACGGCCUGCUGGCAUCACGUCUGGACAGCACGCCGCAGUCUCCGGAAGGAAGUCAACAGUGUCUGGACGCGGCGCCACAGCCGCCUCUCGCCACCCUGCCGGGCGGGCGCCCCCUGCCGCCCCUCGAGCAUCCGCCGUCCAACGCUCAGCCCGGCCGAUCCGCUCCGCCGGCCGCCGGUUCCUCGGCGCGGCGCCCCAGCCAGUCGUCGCUUUCGACCAACCGUGCGGCCCUGGCGCAGACCGCCGCGCCGCGCCAACCGACGCCACCCGCGGACGCCGACGGCGUGCCGGGAGAGACCACCACGCUACUCGGCGAGCAGCACAACUGCGUGGACCUCCGACGGCCAGGACAGCUCCUCAUGCACCAGCAUGCACAUACCGAGAGUACCAUUUGACACGCGUCGUUUCCUGUUCCUCGGUGACAUCAUGGCCGAGAAGGAUGCCGAGGAUGUGCAUGUCACCUUUUAGAAAUAAUGACUCACUCCCCUUUCACAACGACUUUUCUCCUGACUUUUUCCCAGUGGCGCUCUUCUAUUUGAAAGGUAUCAACGGGGAAUGGGUCGAAUUUGACCUGUGAAUUUCCUGGCUUCAGAGGUAAUAACAGACACACAAUGACACACGAGCCCCUUUCACACUGCCCAUUUCAGCCCACUUUUUCCUUGCUUGCUGUACUGUGUGAAAGGUAGCGACACAGAAAGUGGGGGUAUCAAAGUCAACCAACAAAUGUGCCGGCUUUGGAGGGAGUAUCAGAGGCGUCACAGAGGGGAAUUUUUUAACCCACCAGCUCCUCUAACAAUGACCCAUGAACCCCUUUCACACUGCCCAUCCAGCCUGGCUUUUUCACUUUUUCUUGUGUCGCUGUCCUGUAUGAAAGGUGCUGACACGGAACGGGGCUGUCAAGAUCGACCCGAAGUCGACCUACAAAUUGUCCGGCUUCCAGGUGAAUGAUAGCCCACUAGCCCCUUUCACGCUGCCCAUGUAAGGCCACUUUUCCCCGGCUCGCAGUCCUGUGUGUAAGGUAUCGACGCUUAAAGGUACAUUUUCCAGAUUCCGAGGUGGAACGUCACCCGUGUUAGGAAGAGACCGGACACUGAUUUUUGGGCCCUAUCCUGCUUCACUGGGUUUUGUGUGAAAGACAAAUAUGCAAAUAUUUUCCAGAAACUUUGAGUGUCUUCUUGCUCCAAGUUAUGACCAAGACGUAAGAGUUAAUUUCAUAUUUAUUGAACAUUUAUUUAUUUAUUUAUUUUUGACUUUGAUGUUUUAUAUUUUGUGUGUAAUUGAUGGACAGGCCGCUAUCUCGUUAGCAUUGUUAGCUCCACCAUCACUGUGAUCGGUAAAAUUGAUGUCAGCGCAUUUCAACAAAAUGUUCGUUUUGGACGUUGGUGAGUCACAAACUAGCUUGAAGCAUGUUUGACUUAUUUAUUUUUUCGAUGACAGAGGGUUAAUAGGAUGACUGAUUAGCAUUGUGUUUUCCUAGCCUGUAAAUGUGAAGCAGCAGCUUGCGUAGUUUAGCAUUAGAGUAGAGUCAAUUGAAUAUGUAAUAUGUACACCAUUAGAAGCACUCACAAGUGCGUGCAGUCACUAAAAGGGAUUUUAUUUAUUUUUUUAUGCUACGCUAAAGUUAGCAAGCAGGACGCUGUACGAGUGGUUAGCACGUCUGCAUCACAGUUCUGAGGUUCAGGGUUCGAAUCUAUUAGCAUGUUCUCCCCACGUGCUUUUGUGGGUUUUUCCUCCCACAUUCCAAAACAUGUUAGCAUGCUAGCUUCAGUGCAGACUCAUGUUUGUCUAUAUUUGCCCUGACCGUGACUGGCGAACAGUUUUUAGGGGUAAUACUGCCAGUUUAGGUUCACUGACGAUUCUCAGUUGUUGGUGAGGUUAGCAUACUAGCCUAAGCGCUAAUGCCGGCGGCGGCUUCAUGUUUAACCAGUGGAGGCGUCCUUCGAGGCCCCUUCUGUGUAUUUAUUAACUCUGGAGGUUAACGAUUGAGCACGCUAGUUUACUAAGACUAACGGACAAACAUUCCAUCGCAUGCCAUACCAACCCUCUUAGCGUCAAUGCUAAGCUAAUCUGUCAUUAGGCAGGUUCAUUCACAACCACAUAACAGUGGAACCAAUUCAAAGUUGUAGCAGCUCUGUUGCUAACGCUGCUAGCACGUUAUUUUAUUCAUGAAACUAUAUGCUAUUGUAAAGGGAAAGAUAUUUCUUUAAAAUGGAAAGAGUAUAUAAGAUAGCACUUUACACUUGUGAGGCCUAAGACGAAGAAUAUUACAAAGAGGGUUGUUUUGUCCUUCACGUUUGAACUUUCCAGAAUGCUACAGUUGUCACUGUGGGAAUUCUGAGUGUCCAUGCUGUAAAUAGCGUCUGGAGCAGUUUUUCCCAACCUUUGUUAAGCCCAGGCACACAUUUAAAAAAAUAAAAUAAAAUUUCCGCAAAAAGUGGAGACAUGGGUUAAAUGUGUACCGUCUGCCAUCUAGUGAAAGAUCAUUUAAUAUUGCUACCUGUCAUUAGACGUUGUUAGCGUAGAUAGAUGAACAAAGAUACAUUUGCUGUGGAUAAUCGUUUAUCGGACUGAUUGGGUGGAAUCGGCACAUUGGUUGGGAAUCGCUAAUCUAUGCUUUCUGUGCUGAUCUGGAGCAUGUAGCAUGUUGUACCGGUUUACUGGGAAUGUUCUUUCAUGACAGUACUUGAACGCCUCACAGCACCACUAAAGCACAAUACUCUUCUUCUACCAUUUGGGAGCUAAACGUGUUAUUUUGGUACUUCUGCUGGCUUCUAUUGGGCGGGACCCGGUAAGCACUCGUAGCCUUUUCGCGCGUGUCGGAACGAGACCGCCCGCAGGUUGACCGGGGGUCCGCGUAGCAAUUUGUCCUACGGGUUGACUACUGUGACAUGAAAAAAAAAAAAAAAAAAAGAAACUUUAGCAUCUAUUUAUUGUUCUUGUAUUUAGUUUGCACUGAAAAAAAUGGUCUUCCAGGUUAUUUAUUUUUUGCGUGGAAAUACAUGGACAGAUAAUACUGUGUGUGUGUGUAUAGAAAAGACAUUUACUUAUUACUAUACAGUGAAGCCCCAUUUUUCGUGGGGAUACGUUCCAGGUGAAAAGCCGUGAUAUUUAGAGACCAUAUAAAGAACUGGUUUAGCCCUCCCACACGCUUUCAACACAGUUAAAACAUUAUCAUUUAAAAACUUUAAAACUUUUAUGAAAGCAAAUGAAGACUUGCUCACACAGAGGUCAAGCGUGCUCGCUUCAAGCUGUUUUUGUCACUCCCACUUUUAGUUUGCAGAAAAACUGACACAUGAUACAAAAGGCAAUUAAGCAUAGUAUAUUUAAACACCAAAACAUAACAAAAGUCUUCAGUCUUAACGCUAACAUAUAGUGCAAAACACCAUUGACAGGCUAAUGAAAAUUAGCAUAAUGAACCUUCAAACAAUUGCUACUUUACUCACACGGAGCAGCAUGACAUAGAAAGGAGAGCAUACAACAGUACUCGCAGGCAUAAACAACAACUACUAUUCACGGCGUUAGUUGCGGUUAGUUUAGUUGCUGCCUCGUCGUCGUUUUGCUACGUACGCCGCUUGUCUUCCAGUAGAGCUCAGUGCUGCCCGGCAUGUUGUGGCACAACGUGGUUCUGCACUGAAGGCCAGACACUAAAUUGGGACUCGCCUGUAUACUUAAAACAAACUCUAAAACUAGUCGUUGGAAAAUGGACGAUAUAGGGAGGGUGUGAAUGACGAUUAGCAAUAUAGCGGGGCUUCACUGUAUGUGUAUUGGUCACGAUUAUGGGAUGUUCCAUGAGCAAUAAAGCACGCACAAGCUUUGACCUCACGCUUCCUGCUCGUCUUCCACGGCAACAUUUCAACAACCAAAGUUUUUCUUGGUCCUUCUGUCCUCACGCACGUUGCCACCUAUGCUGGGAUUGGAGCGGGGGGGGGCACUAGUAGAAUGACUGUGUCUGGCUAGUAACGUUUUUUUCCCCACUAUGAGUUUCACUUUUGGACAACGAGUACAACCUUAAAGAGGAAGGAUAAUGCUCAAACAGCUUUAAAGCCGUUUGAGCGUGUAAUCCACAAACUUGAUACCUAGCUUUAGGUCGAUGUGCUAGUACCCACAAUGUACUCGCUAGUAAGACAAUUCAGAACACUACUAGUAUCUUACUAAUGUUUUUCCACUACUAGUGCAACUUUUGGCCUACUUGUCCACAAUUAAGCCAUUACUAGGUAACUACUGUGCUGCACUAGUAACAGUACUAUGCCACCUUACUAGGCACUAGUAGCCUUCUAGACCCUACUCGUGGGACCAAAUUUCCCACUAGUAACAUAUGGUUGUCCUACUAGUAUGCCAAAAUUGUGCUACUAGUGUUCAGAAAUCUCUAACUACUGAUGUUUUUUUCCACUACUAGUGCAACUUUGGCCCUCUAGUUAAUAUCGAUUAAAUGCUCAAGCCGUUUUAGUCCUUGUCGUAGUACACUUUUUGUGCUCACUAGAAGGAACAACUACAUGUUCCUAGUGAUGGAAAACUGCACUAGUUGAUAUUGGUGUGCUGCUAGUAUUAAUAGUGAAGUGCUAGAUGUGAAUUAGUAUCAUUCUUAUAAUGUCACUAGUAGUAAUAGCACACAAUUGUAGACUGGUGCAGUUUUGUCUCACGUCGUCCUACGAGGAUGCCAAAGUUUUCCUACUAGUGAAGACAAAGACCACAAGGACUACUAGUACAUAGUGCACCUUAAGCUAAAUAUUGAUGAUAUUGAACAAAUGCUCAAAUGACUUUAUGGAGCUCCGCUGAAGCGGACAAUUCAGCGCACUACUAAAACGACUAGGCGCACUGGUACAAUUUUUCCGCAACUGACAUUUCUGCACACUAGUAAGACAACUACAUGUUACUAGUGGGCAUUUUGGUGCUACUAGUAGGAUUACUAGUACAGGACAGUAGUUUACGAGUAAGAUUUAAAUUUGUUGGGCAAAAGCGCAUUGAGUAGUGUAAAAACGUUAGGGGUUCCAAUAUUGGGCCCUGGUGGUUCUACGAGUGUGUUGAAUUGUCUUGCUAGUGAAGACAAAAAGCAUACUAGUGCACGGACCUGAAGCUCGAUAGGAAAAUGGAAAAAUUGCUCAAACAGUUUCCAAAGGCAUCAACAUCCUUCCCGUUGCAAAAUUGACAAAUGCACAAUAACAAUCCAAGUCGUAAGACGAGUGUAUCUUCCGUGCUGGCCGGUGCGCUGACGUUUUGGAUGCAAAGGUGACUUUUUGCAGAAACUCAUUAACACGUUUGACUUUGCUGGCGAAUAUUUGGUGUGUCUUCUGCAAUGUUUGACGGCCGGGAGCGCGUGCAACGUGUACAUGCGCAGUCGUGUUUUGUAAGAGGCGGCAGAAGAAUCUGUCAAGGGUUCAUGAAUAAACCUGACUUGUAUUUCUCUA